AUGGCGGCCCUGGAUCAGGAGAUAAAGGAAGUCUUCGGGGACCUGGCUCAGAACAGCCUUCAGGGUUUCGGCGAUGCACUGUUCGGAACGGGGAGCCCACCUCCGAAUGUGGGACCUCCCACCAAAGCAGCCAAGCUGGAGGGUGCACCGGGCAAGCGCCAACGGCCCUCAGACAACGGAAGCUCACCUGGUUUCAGCGGUCAGUGGGGCAACAACAAGGGCCGGGGCAAGGGCAACCAACAGCAGCCCCAACUUCAUGCCCUGGUGCAUGCCAUGGGAAGACUCAUCAUUCGGCAGGAGACACAGCUCCAAAUCCUGAAGCAGAACUCAGCCUGGACCUUGUACCUCAAGCCGGGCCCCUCGGGGCCAGUAGCUCUGUUGUACAAGACUGCCGAAAAGUACAGAGAGGAGUCGAAGACGAAGUUCAUGGAUACCCCGGUUCGGGCUGUGCUCCUUCACACACUGUUCCAGGCCCUCCUGGGCUCUCUUCAGGACAUCAGCAGCAGCCAGGAGAAGCAAAAGGUGCUCCAAGAGAAGGGUUGGCUCAACCAGGACGGGCUCUGGAACUAUCAGAGGUGGGACGGGGAGCAGCAAGCUCUGGUGAUCGACGAGGCACGCCCGCCUGUGAAUCAUCAAGACUUGAUUGGCAAAGUGGGUCAAUUUGCCGAGAUAGUCCUGAACAAGGAUGUCAUACACAGGUUCAAUGCGACGCACUCCUUAUCAGUGGCCAAGACAGGCACCAGCACAUUUCUGCUGGAGGUGGGGCUGCGCGCACAGGGAGUGGAGCUGGCAUGGGCAAUCCUGGAGGCGAUCUCAGGCCUUGCGGCUCUUCAGGUGAUUGGACUACAAGUCCGGAGAGAAGGCCUUCGCCGUGGGGGCCUUGCCAACGAGGUACAGAAGCUUAUGAAUGCAUCUGUAGGAUGGAGGCAGCCAGCCUCCCAGCAUGAUGUCGUGGAUUUCAUGGAGCAUGUUUUCCGUAUUAUGUCGCCACCUCAGCUACAAUAUUCCUGGGAGGCUAGACUGGGCACACCGCAGGGUAUCGUUUGUCAGGACUGCAUCAAUGCGUGGAGUCACCAGGCUCACCCCCAUGCCCUGUCCACGGCUGCCAAUGUGCUCAUCAUCCAGCUGGCGAGGUACCGCUGCAGGGGAGGCUUGACGUUCAAGAAUCGUCAAGACGUGGCCAUUCCGGCUACACUUCAAGUUCCGGUCUUUGGUCGAGGUCUUCAAACCUUCAAAGCAGUGUAUUCUGUGGCAGCGAUCAUCCUGCAUCAUGGUGCACACACUCACACAGGCCACUACACUGCAAUCUUGUGUGAUGGCAGGGGCAAUUUCUGGGAAACAGAUGAUGGUCGCCAGGCACAGCCCAGCGAGGGCUUGCCUAGCAAAGCAUCAUGUGACGGAUAUGUGAUUGCACUGACCCGCAGGUGCUAA